AUGACUUCCGCAAACUUCGUUGCAGCGCAAGAACGUGUGUUGGAACGGCGUCGCCAACGCGAACUCGAAGCUCGAAAUCGGCUCUCAAAUACAGCAUCACGGCUCCCUCCCGCAGUCAGCAACCUCCCGUACCCUCUCUCGAAUAUUCCUGCACGCGGAUUAGCACUAUGGGAUACCCUACGAGGCAGAGAAGGGACUAGACCUGCGUUUCGGGUGGGACAGGUCGAUGCAGAGUUGCUGGAUGAAGAACUUAUAACCUUGCUCAAAGGGCAGGUAGGAGAAGGGCUGAAAUACUUUGGUCGAUAUGUACGGGAAGACUGGAAUCCGGAAAUCGACCUUGUCCUUCGCGCUAUUCUCUUUAAAUUGUCUGUAUGGGAUCACAACGCUUCAUACGGCGCAGCCCUUCAGAAUUUGAAAUAUACAGAUAGCAGGAGCAAAGGACCCGUACACUCUGAUCCAACCAAAUUUCAAAAGUCCCUAUACGGUCUCCUAACGGUUGGUGGACGUUAUGCAUGGGAUAGAUGGGAGAACUGGAUGAUAAGGCAGGGGAGUAGUUAUGAAGAGCCAACCUCUAGCACGCGAGCUCUAUCCAAACUCACCUCUCUCGUUUCGGCCGCCCACUCAAUCGCCGCAUUCGCAUCCUUCCUCGUCUUCCUCGUUAACGGUCGAUAUAGAACACUCGUUGACCGACUCUUGUGCAUGCGAUUAACCCCGCCGUCGAUGCAGGUUAGUCGCGAGGUUUCGUUCGAAUACCUAAACAGACAGCUCGUCUGGCACGCGUUUACGGAAUUCCUCCUCUUCCUAUUACCCCUGGUUGGAAUUGGGCGCUGGCGCCGAUGGGUAUCUCGAGCCUGGAGGAAAACCAUGUCCUCACUCCGGGCGACGGAGGAUGAUAGCACGGAGAAGAACCAGGGUGAACUGGGCUUCCUACCAGAGCGGACGUGUCCGAUAUGCUACCAGGUACAGAACCCUACCACGACGUCGGAAAACGAUGUUAUGGGCCCAGGAGCGGCAUCAGGCGGCAUCAUCGGCUCAGCACAGACAGAUAUCACGAAUCCGUAUGAAACUAUUCCCUGCCGGUGUCUAUACUGCUUCACAUGCAUUGCUCAGAAGCUGGAAGGAGAAGAUGGAGAGCCAUGGAGCUGUCUACGAUGCGGCGAGCUCGUGAAGCAGUGUAAGCCGUGGAAUGGAGAUGUGCUUGAAGAAACGCAACCACAGCCACAGCCUACCGUUCGGAAGAACGUUGAGUUCGCGGUGGCUGAUAACCAUAUCGACUCUGAUACUGUGGACACUGACUCUGUAGCUCAUGUCGAUAUUGACGAUGGGAUGAACGAGACCAGCCCGUGGGCUGCCGUGGGCGUGGAGGAAACUGAUGAUACAAGUGUCCAUUCUGAGCCGGACUAUAGGAAGUAA